AUGGCCGAUCGACCGCCACCUGUAAGACGCAAAUUUGGAGCACAAUUCAGACACGGCGAUGAUCUGAUCGUUACCCCAUUCGCGCAGUUGUUGGCGAGUUUGCGAAAUGUGCGAACGAAUCUCAUUCAAAUCGCCAAUAUUCACCAUUUAGACGAGGGAAGGCAUCAAAAUCGAAGUGCAAAACGACCACCACUUCAUUCAACAGCGCUCCCAGAAAAUGUUGUCUCAACCGCGGCCGAGACACUUGAAGAGCUUGAUUGGUGCUUGGAUCAAUUGGAGACAAUUCAAACGCAUCGAUCUGUCUCCGAGAUGGCAUCGAGCAAGUUCCGAAAGAUGCUGAACAAGGAGCUUUCCCAUUUCGCUGAGACAUCCAAGUCUGGAACCCAGGUGUCAAAAUUCCUCAUCACAACCUAUAUGGAUAAAGAAGAAGAGGACGAUCAAAGCCCAUCCGUCGAAGUUGAGGCGCCAUCCACCUCCGCGGCGCCUCACGUUUCGAUGGGUCUCUUGAAGAAAGCUCAAACAGCUGCUAUGAAUCGAAUUUCUGGUGUUCGCAAAUUGAGAGCCCAUUCUCAUGAUGGUCAUCUCCCCGAGUUUGGUGUCUCGUGCGCGGCUGAGAUUGCCGUUCACAUGCAAAUGCUAAACGAUUGGGGUCCAAAUGUUUUCAAGAUCAACGAUUUAUCGAAGAACCACGCGCUCACCGCUGUCACUUACACUUUGCUCAAAGAACGAGGCCUCAUCAAGACGUUCGAGAUCCCGGCCAACACUCUGAUCACCUAUUUGCUCAAUUUGGAACACCAUUACAAAGACAAUCCUUAUCACAAUCACAUCCAUGGUGCCGAUGUGGCUCAAUCAAUGCACGUUCUCAUCUCCUCACCCGUUCUCGAGAAUGUCUUCAAUGAGCUCGAGAUUUUGGCAGCAAUCUUUGCUGGUGCCAUUCACGAUGUCGAUCAUCCCGGAUUCACCAAUCAAUAUCUCAUCAAUACAAACAACGAGUUGGCGAUCAUGUAUAAUGAUGAGAGUGUCCUCGAACAACAUCAUUUAGCUGUGGCAUUUAAAUUAUUGCAGGAUUCGAACUGUGAUUUCCUAGCAAAUUUGCCCAGAAAGCAACGACUUCAGUUCAGAAAAAUCGUCAUCGAUAUGGUUCUGGCUACUGAUAUGUCGAAACACAUGUCCUUGUUGGCCGAUCUGAAGACAAUGGUUGAAGCAAAGAAAGUAGCCGGAUCGAGUGUUGUUUUGCUUGAUAAAUACAAUGACAGGAUUCAGGUUCUCCAAUCAAUGAUCCAUUUGGCGGAUCUCUCGAAUCCGACAAAGCCCAUUGACCUUUAUCGGCAAUGGAAUGAAAGAAUACUUGAAGAAUAUUGGAGACAAGGAGAUAAGGAACGCGAAGCCGGAAUCCCGAUAUCACCAAUGUGUGAUCGAAACAAUGUAACGAUUGAGCAGAGUCAAGUUGGUUUCAUUGAUUACAUCGUUCAUCCACUUUAUGAGACUUGGGCUGAUCUCGUUUAUCCUGAUGCACAAGAAAUACUCGAUAAACUUGAAGAAAAUCGAGAAUGGUACCAAUCUCGAAUCCCCCAAGAAGAGCCAACUCCCGAGAAGAAAGACGAGAAUCAUUCAACACAAAAUGACACGAAUCACAAGGCAAAAAGC